AUGACCCUCCGAAGCUUAAAGCGGCUCGAUGAUACUCCUACAAUUUCCCGCGACAACCCUUCGGUGCCCAUAGAAAUACCCACUCGACGUAGGCCAAUUCUUUCGCCACUCACUUCCCCUGUUGAACGUCAGUUCUCGCCCGAUCUUCUCUUUGAGAUGUCUCCAGUUACGUCCGAGUUUUCGCCAUCCACAAACCAUCAUUUCAAGCUUUCAACAUCGUCAGUCAUAAGAGAUCACGAACCAUUUAUGUACACUGUCCCAUCCUUUUCCGAUUUACGUCCUUCGAAUUCCGGCUCCCACCCUCCCCGUCGUGGCGUGCCAUACGGCCUUGCUGAUGUGAUGCCAGCAGAGGCUGACCGGAGCAAUCAACACAUUUCACGAACAACCUUUCGGCAGCCAACCAAUUACAGUGUUUAUGCCAAUCCCUGGUCUAAGCCUUCAAGUCCCGGGGUUGUCAAAAGCACUCCGACUACCAAAAUCUCUGGCUUUCUCCCCAUCAAUCAAAAUCAACCGCCAAUGACGAACACAGCACCUCGGUCAACGGAACGGCUAUCCCCUACUCCAAGGCGAUCCUCGUACUCGUCGUCGCCGUGGAUCUUGCCAGGAAAGGAAGAUAGCCAGGAAGGUGACCUUGCGUAUUCCGAAACAGACCCUGGCGCGCUCGACUUUCAGGCUCAUAUGCUUCGGCGAUUUGAGAAACAGAACCCUUCCCAGGGUUUCCGCUCAUACCUGUGA